UCUGCCCAGAUCUCCUUCCUUCUGCAGACUUUUUUCUCUCAUAUCCCCUCAGACUCCCCCUGUGACCAUGUCUGUCAGAGCUCUGAAGACCACCACCCUCUCCACUGUGUCCUCCUCCAGGGGCCCCAGCCAGGGCUACAGCAGCCGCUCCUUCUCUGGCUACGGAGGUCACGGUGUGGGGAGUGCCAGGCAGAGCUACGCCGUCCGCAGCUCCUACGGGGGCGUGGGUAGCUGCGGUGCUGCCGUGGGCGCUGGGGGGUUUAAGGUGAUCGGCGGCUUUGCAGCUGGAGGAACGGGGCAGAGAGGAGGCGGAAUGGAGUUUGGCUACGUGGGCUUCGGGGGGGGCAUGGGCAACGACAUGGUGGCCCCCAUCACGGCGGUGACUGUGAACAAGAGCCUGCUGGCUCCCUUGAACCUGGAGAUUGACCCCACCAUCCAGGAGAUCCGGACCCAGGAGAAGGAGCAGAUCAAGACCCUGAACAACCGCUUUGCCUCCUUCAUCGACAAGGUGCGCUUCCUGGAACAGCAAAACAAAGUGCUGGAGACCAAAUGGAAACUCCUGCAGGAGCAGACCACGUCCCAGUCCAAUAUCGAGGUCAUGUUCGAGGCCUACAUCGCCAGGCUCCGCGCGCAGCUGGACAACUUGGGUCACGAGAAGGUCAAACUGGAGUCUGACUUGUCCCACAUCACAGGCAUGGUGGAGGACUUCAAAAUCAAAUACGAAGAUGAGAUCAACAAGCGCAACGAGUGUGAGAACAACUUUGUCCUCCUGAAGAAGGACACAGACGCAGCUUACAUGGUCAAAGUGGAGCUGGAAGCCAAACUAGAUGCCCUUUCUGAUGAGAUUGAGUUCCUGAGACAGCUCUACGAUGCAGAAAUCCAGGAGCUGCAGAUCCAGAUCAGAGACGUAUCCGUCGUGGUGGAGAUGGACAACAGCCGUGAUCUUGACAUGGACGCCAUCAUUGCAGAAGUGCGCGCUCAGUAUGAAGACAUCGCCAACAGGAGCAGAGCCGAGGCGGAGUCCUGGUACCAGACCAAGUAUGCCGAGAUGCAACAGUCGGCGGGAAGAUACGGGGAUGACCUGAAGUCUACCAAAGCUGAGAUCGCUGACAUGAAACGCAGGAUCAUGCGUCUGCAGUCUGAAAUUGACAUGGUUAAAGCUCAGCGAAGCAGCUUAGAAACCCAGAUUGCAGAGGCGGAGGAGCGCGGUGAACUGGCAGUGAAGGACGCCAAGCUGCGCAUCAGAGAGCUGGAGGAAGCUCUGCAGAGAGCCAAACAGGAUAUGGCCCUGCAGGUCCGUCAGUACCAGGAGCUCAUGAACGUGAAGCUGGCUUUGGACAUUGAAAUCGCCACUUAUAAGAAACUGCUGGAAGGAGAGGAGAUCAGGUUAGCCACAGGAAUCAAGACCCACGUGACAAAGCAGACUUCUUUGAACUACAACGCCUACUGCCUGGAGAGCUCUCGUCUUCCAUCCUACGUGAGCUCUUCUCUUGAAGGGAUAAAGUCCAGCGGGGGUUCACUGGGGGGAACGGAGGUAAAAAGUACCACCGUAACCAAAACCGAAACGGUGGUGAUCAAGACCGAAGACAAGAAGAAAGAGGAAGAAACGGAGGAGAAGAUGGCAGCUGCGGAGAAGAAGGAGCAGGAGGAGGAGGAGCCUCAAGCUGUGACUGAGGAGUGAUUUUUAGAGUUCAGGAAAAAUAAUUCUUCAGUACCCACUAGCUGGUUUGGCUAACCUUACCUUAUUGCUGGUCAAUCAUUUCAUUGGCAAAGAUGCACCACACAACAUUGACCAGCAGAUGGCAUCCUUGUAAAUCACACCUGGAAAAGAAGAAUCCUGAUGUGUCCAUUUGGGAGGGAAAAUAAACUUGCAAAAUAAAAAUUUGAAAAAGUAAUCCUACUGAAGAGUACAGUGUUCUUCCUGUUUUCCAAAACAUUGUAAUAUACUUGAAAUUUUCUAAGUUUAAACCUCUUUUUACUCAUCAAAACACUUCACACACAUGCACAACUUUUUUUUUAAAUGGAGGAUAUGCUAGCAACAUUUUUCUCAUGGAAAACAAGGCAAGUUUGAGCCUGCUUGGUUCCUGGAACAUUAGCUGUGAACUAAUGGUUCCUCAACUCAAGCACUAUCAUUUAUCACCAUUCAUUUACUGAGAUUUUAAACUAACUCACAUUAAAACACAUUAUUCAACAAGCUUCUCAUGGAAACAGUUGAAUGAUUCAAGUUAGGUCCAUGAUUCACUAACAGAAGCUUUCUCACUUUCGGUAAAUUGCAAGGAGCCGUCUAAAGCCCACAGAGGAACAGGUUUGAGCAGGAAUAAUAGGAGGGGACGCCCCACCCUGGACCACACAAUCUCAGUCGUAGUUAUAGAGACAGAAAAACUUCACAAAUCCCACCUAUUGUUUGCCAUUAUGAAUGUACCGCUGACACACAUCAGAGCAGACUGGAGCAAGUUGAGAUUUGAAAAAAAAAAAAAAA